GUGAGUGCGUGCGCGCGUGUGUUUACUGGAAGAGCCCUCUGCGCUGAGGAGGCGGGGCCUUACGGCUUCACUCACUGGAACAACCUCCAGUAACCUUCCUCCACACACGGACCCGACUCCUCCGGAGCGCCGCCGCAUUCCUCCGCUCAGGACCCGAGCCCCUACACCCUUUCAUCGGAUAUUUCAUCUCCUUCUCUUUGCAUUUUAAUGCCUGAGUUAAUCAUUCAUCUGGCACUACUCUCGGGUAGUUUGCAUUUGUUCUGCUUUGGCGACGAGCGGCUGCGGCGCGGGGUCGAACAAAUCCGCAAGCUGUGUUUAGGUGCUCUCUCCCAGCCCCUCUCUGGAUGCAUCAGACUCCUCUACCCCGGGGCCCUGGACCCGGUGUGUGACCCAGCCGCCCUCGCCCCUCUCGCCCUCCUGUUCCUCUCCCUCUGCCCCGGACUCACUUCCACCUGUCUGCCUCGGCACUCCCGUCCUGGGCCCCCUGCCUCUCGACCAGCAGGCGGAGGCAGGGGGCCAUGGCGCCAUGGUAGCCCUCGGCGGACGCAAUCCCCUCGCCAUGAGCGGUGUGCCCCCUCCAGUGGACCGAGUUCAGGGUUCCAACUUUACCCCACAUCACUACAAGCCCUUCAGCUCACACGCACACUACCAACAGGUAAUGCGUGCAUUGCAUAAGCUCCAGGAGAGUGGGUUUUACUGGGGGGCUGUUGGAGGACGAGAGGCCAGCUCCCUGCUGCGCUCGGAAUCGCCCGGCACUUUCCUGAUCCGGGACUCCUCGGACCACCACCAUUUCUUCACCCUGUCUGUGCAGACGGCUCGAGGAACCAAGAACCUGAGAAUCCACAGCGAGGGAGGUGGAUUCUUCUUACAGCCAGACACCCAAAACACCCAAGUGCCACCGCAGUUCGAUUGCGUGCUGAAACUCAUAGCGCACUACAUGGGGAAAGGGCUGGACGCUGGAAGGAGCAGAGACGGGGCGUGUGGGGGCAACUCGGCAGAAAUUAAAGGGUGCAACGUUUAUCUGAUUCACACUGGCGGAGAGAGGAUCCCACUGGAGUUGCGGCGACCCCUCUCGACCUCUCUCUCGUCUUUGCAGCACAUGUGCAGGAGGACCUUGAACAACCAAGGCCUGGGCUCGGAGCGAGCGGAGCAGCUCCCUCACACACUUAGAGACUUCCUGGAGGAGUAUGAUGCUCCGAUAUGACUGACAGGAACUGCAGCGGUCCGUCGACAUGGACCAGCAGCCUAGAGGACGGCACAGCCUCCACCAGAGACUGACCAGAUUUAGCCUUAGAUGCCAAUGUGAGGUUAGUUUCUCAUUGUAGCCAGAAUCAGCUUAUCCCAGAUGUGUCUCAACGCUGACGGGAAAGCGACUGACCUGGGGUCUGGAAUGAGGAGUGCAAUUUGGGUUAACCAAUGAUUACCUCGUCCAUCCCAUGUUGCAAAAAAACUGACCGCUACCAAUGUGAGUGGCAGACGAAGCCCAGGGUCAGGGGUCAGGGUUUUUCCUAUGACCGCCUCGGACGCAGAGCAGAGCCUCAUAGAAGAUUAACCCAAGUGGUCGAUUUUAACGAUGACAGUGGCAGCGCGAUCAAUACGGCACCAGUGAUCCCCGCGGGGUUCGCGGAAACCUCUCGUCGCCCCCCCCCGGUCAGCCUGACAUUUACAACCCUUUUGAUCCCCGGAGAGAAAGGAAAGGAGGCGCAGUGGAGGGAGGGGGUGAAGCACGGACGAGUUUCCGAGGAAAAAGGCAAAGUUCAAACAAGGGACUCAAAGCAGAGGACUCAAAGUAUUUGUUUGUCUGACUGUGGGUGUAUUUGUGUGUUGUGGUGGCGCACACAUUUCCAUGGCUGCUUCCCGCAAGUGUUGGCUCAUUGAGGGGAGAGAGGCAGUCAUUCAUGCCAGCUCCACACACACACACACACACACACACACGCACACAGGUACAGGCCCACAUAAAGGAUUUGUGCACGUGGGAACAAAAAGAUGAAAACCCAUUACAAAGCAUCUUCUCUCCCAUCUCCUGCUUGUAUCUCGUUUCUCCUCCAUUAGCCAGCCCCUGUCCCGACUUUUGAUUUUGUUUUACGGAGUUGCAUGUGCGCCCUGACAGGGACACAAAGCAGACCGCUGUUGCCGAGACAAAAGCUUGUUACGGAGACAAAAGCCCUGGCACGGGACCAAAGAAAACAUCAGUGCUUAUUUUUAUCCAAGCUGGCUGGAAAUAUGUCAGUGACACUGUAAAGGGAACUGACGACGACGAUCCUGGAGAUCGGGGGAAGAGUGAGGAGAGGGACCGAGCGAAGGAGAACGAGUAGCGGGAAGAGGGAUUAGGAAAGAGGAAAUUGAAGAGGACAGAAAAAGUGGGGAGGGGGCCGGGGUGUGCGGGGAGAAGGGGGAGGAGACAUACUGGUACACAGCUAAACAAAAACACUGACUGGAUUGAUGUCGCAGACUUGUGGGAAAUGAUACAGCUCAGCAGGACGCUGCUCCUGCUCACACACAUCCAAGGUUGGCCAAGAAGCCCCAUGUGAAAAAAGAAAGUUUGAAGUCUUAAUACUGUUAUUUGGAAAUGUGUCGGUGUGAGUGCGUGUCUGUCUGCCCUGUACCCCCCCCCCCCUGGAUUUCUUAAAUCGCCACUCAUGAAGGAGACAAUAGAGGACAUGAACCAUUUUGUUGAUAUCCUGUAACUUUAGAAAAAAGGUUUUCUCGCCCCAUCUCCCUUCCAUUGUUACCUCUGAAGCAGGAGCGGGCCGUGGGGUUUGUCUGAAUGUCAUGGGAACACGAGACUAAAGCAAUUCUCUCAAGAAAAAAGCCUUUUUGUAAAAAAAACGUGUAAGACUCAGAUUUGAUCAAAAUUGUUGUUUCUGUGUUCGACCAGUGCUCGUACUUACCUGUGGUCCAUAUUGGAGUGGAAGCCUUUUCACAUCCUAACACUCGGUGAUGUCACUGUGGCCACUUGAGCGCUUGACGCUUUGCCAUAUCGUUCACAGAUUUGGUCAGAUCUCCGUCUUAUUUCCUCUUCAUCAACACCCGAGUUUGAACAUGUGUCGCAGCAAUGGACCGCACGUGUGUGAGUGUGUGAAUCAUUUGUCUUUUAUAAAGACUCUCUUGCAAAAAGGCUGGCCACUAGUCUGGCAAAAAUACAAGCUGUACUCUCUGAAAUAACAAAGCAUUACAUAAAAAAAAUAAAUGAAAAGGAACGUUGCACAUAUUUAUAUUUCUAAAAUAUUUCAAUAAUUUAUAUUAAAGAGCACUAUUUUUACAAAAGUCAA